GUUUCACCUCUGAGAGUGUGUGCGUCCGGUGUGAGGUUUGCUCCUUUGUGUGCUUUUGUCUGCUUGCGGUACGGCGUGCCUCUUGGGUGAAGCAUUCGCAGGGAGCGCACAAAAAGGAACAGUGUUUUCUUUAGGAAAGUAAAACAUAUUUUUGAUUCUAAAACGAAGGGCUGACUUUAGAUUGGCGAAAUAAUGUCCAUUAGCAUCGAAUCUGGGUUUUCCAGUGAAGAGGUUCUUAAUAUUCGCUUCCCACUUCACCGGGCGUGCAGGGAUGGAGACAUCGGCGCCUUGUGUUCCCUCCUCCAGUGCAUCACAAACCAGGCAGACCUCGCCGCAGAAGAUUCCUUCUACGGAUGGACACCAAUUCAUUGGGCAGCCCAUUUCGGAAAGCUGGAGUGCAUGGUACGCCUGGUGCAGGUGGGCUGUGGCGUGAAUGCCGUGACGUCCAAGUUCGCCCAGACGCCCACGCACAUCGCUGCCUUCGGAGGCCACCCCGAGUGCCUGCUCUGGCUGCUGCAAGCCGGGGCCGACAUCAACAGGCAGGACUAUGUAGGUGAGACGCCCAUUCACAAGGCAGCCCGGGCAGGCAGCAUGGACUGCGUUAGAGCGCUGCUGUUACAGGGAGCCAAAGCUGACCUGAGAAACGCUAGUGGGCUGACCGCUGCAGACCUGGCCCACGCCCAGGGCUUCCAGGAGUGUGCCCAGCUCCUCUCUAACGCCCAGAACCAGCUCAACCAGCUCAAUGGCUUCUGCCCCCAUGGGGCUGUGAACGGGGGCCGCACACAGAGCCUCUUCAAUGGGGCGCCCAGUAGAAAGAGGUCCCUCGAUUGCAUGGAGUCCAACCACAUCAAGAAGGCCAGGACUGAUGGCUUGGACUCGCCCUUGAGUGUUUUUGGCGGCACAGAGGGAGAGCUGGAGAGCAUGCACAUGGAGCCAGCGCCGGUGCCAUCCGGUUCAGGAGACCCAAUAGCCACAGGUUUGACCAACGGCCAUGCGCCAGAGAAGAUCUCGCCAGCGAGCGGGUUUUUCGCCAACGGCGAUAGUCUCACGCCGCAGAUCAACGGAAGCCCGGCUGCCCUGACCAACGGCUUCCCGGUCCAGUGGGGAGCGACGGUACCCGGCCCUGCCCAGAACGGGAUCCCCAGCCCGGGCUCGCAGACGGGAGGUGGUGGUGGUGGUGGUGGUGGAGGUCGGAGCAUGGGCAUGUGCGGCACCCUACACCUGGAGGCCAGCCCCAGCAGCUGUGUGUCCCAGAGGCCCUCCUGGGCGGUGGGCUCUGAUGAAUCCCUGCACUACGGACACUACCACGGGUUCGGCGAUACGGCAGAGGCCAUAGAUGAGGCCAGCAGCCAGAUGGAGCACUGCUCGUCAGUGAAGGUGGAGGAGCGCUACGACCACGCCGUCUUCAGCACCAUGCAGCUGUUCCACGGGUCUUAAGGCUGCGUCCUUCCCUCCAUCCAUCCGUCCGUCAUAGCCAACGUGGCCUGACCGAGGAAUAGCAUAGCCUCGUUGCAGUGAUGUCUUUGUACCUAUUUGUAUGACACUGCGCACAUGGAGACAAACCAUGGCAAGCCAGGCUUGCUCGUAAAGGGAAGAGUUUAAGCUUUUUGCUUUUUUUAUUUUAUUUCUUCCUGUAACAGUAAUGGUAGUUAUUGUAUAAUCUGAAACAAGUUUGUUUUGUGGUUGAAAGAUUAGUUGAACAGAUUUAAAUUUGUUCAAUGCACUAAAAUGCUAUUUUUGUUUUCAAAUGUCAUGAAAUAGAUUUCAAUGCAUUCAGAUAGGCCCUCCUGGUUCAGGAGUAAUUGGUUCAAGCCUUUUUCUUUUUUUGUAAGCAAUGACCUGUAUGUCUUGGGAGAAUAGUAAUAGUAUGUUUUUGUGCCAAAUUGACUAACAUGGCACCAGCUUUGUGGUUGUGAGAUCAUGAUGGUGAAUGGGGUUUUUUUGUUUGUUUUUCUAAAUGUGAAAAUGAAGAUGCUACGGUUGUGAAACAGUAUUUUCUUUUUGCUGUUAAGAGGAUUGGUUAAUUGAAUGGUUGUCAUUACAUUCCCUUUUGGUAUCGUUUGUGUAUUAUGAAGACAAUAAAGUGAUCACAGCA